CCAGAUGCAGGCUGGUUGGAAGAAGGAGUUUAUGUCUCCACUGUAGUAGGUGAUGGUAGGUGGCGUACACCGCCUCUACAAUUAAACAAUCUGGCUCACACCGCAUCGACGCUGGCUUCAACAAUGGUGGCCCACACCGCCUCAACACUGGCUACAACAAUAGUCACUUACACCGCCUAUACACUGGCCAUAUCUGUGUUGGCUGGAGCUAUAGGGCUGAUGGAAGGGGUCAGAAGUGUCCCCGGUCUGGCUAUUGUCCCUGACCAUGUGGUCAGUAGCUGGACUGUGACUGCACGGGUACAGUGCUACACGUUGUGUUUGUACUCGCCCUACUGUGUUUCUGUGAACUGGCGUUGGAAGGCACACCCUGCUGUAUGUGACCUCAACAAGGUGACGGAGUCCCACUUCCCUACCGCCGUGAGAUCUGAUGACGACUCCGUCUACAUUGAACUGUCUGCAGAGGACGUGUCUGGGCGGAUGUGCAGGUGCCAACCAUCAGAGACGUGUGCACCUGUUGCUCAUCAAGGGUAUCUGUGCCUUAGGUCAGGGUUCAGAGAGGACACAACUACAGGGGGUGGAAGAGAGGAAGAUGAGACACCUGCUACCCCAGUACCGACCACAGCCAGAGAAGAGGGUAGGACAGCAGGUAAGAUGAUGAAGAACCUAAUAAAGAUACAUAAAUCCAAUCAGCAAGUAUUGAUGGCAUCCAGCAUAUUGAGCACCUUGUCUUGA